GGGCAGAAUAUCUCUCAAAAACAUGAAUAUGCUUAAUCAAACCUUGUUGAAGUGUCUUUUAAAAUGUAAAUGAUCACUAAUAAAUGUUAGUUGUUGCAAAUCUAUGUUUAUUGUGGCACCAUAUAUAUUUCCAUGUUCAGGACACAAACAUUAUCCUAAAUUGUAAGGGAGGAUGCUAGUUUUAUAAUAUGACAGGAGGAUUUUUCCAUAGUCAAUAUGUUGCUUAUUUGCACUUAGCUACAUUGCAUCAAUAAUCUGAAAAAGAGAAAUAGCCUGGUUAUGGCUAGAGAUUCUGAUUAGAGGCUAAGAUUUCUAUCAUGGACUGCUUUCAACUGUUAUAUUUUAUGGCACAGAUUCAGUGGGAAUCUGAUCUGCUAAAAUAUUUGGGCUGUGAAAACUCCCACACUGUGACAGAUGUCAAGUCCAAUUAAGUGACUCAUGUCCAGGUUUCUGUCCAAUAGGAUUUCCCAUUAAAUAUCAAUUUAGGGAAAAAAAUUCCAUCCCCCUUCUUAAGCCUUUAUCUCUUCCACCAUCUCCAGGCUGAAUCAAUUGGUACCAAGAGAGCCAAGAAGCCACACACGGCAUCUCUGUCUCUUUGCUCUGGCUCUCCCACCCUCUCGCCUCUUUCUCCGCUUCCCUGUCACUGUUACUCCGGGAGACGUUCACUUUUCACCAACCUUUCUCCAAGCAUCUCCAAGCCACUGACUCUAUAUAUUUUGCUACAAGGUAAAGGAGGGGGUGGGGGGUGGGCGAUGUAACCAAGCCUUGAACGACUUUGAAACUGGAAAUAGGUGUCUGUUUAUACAACAUACAAGUAAAGGAGGGAAGAGGAAGAGGCCAGCUUAGUUAGCCCGCAGUUACAGUAUUGUGUUCCUGGGAACUGGGGAGACAUCAGCUGAACAAAGCCUUAUCUCAAAAAAAAAAAAAAAAAAAAAAAAAAUCACUUCUGAGCAAGAUCGCAGCUCUGCCUUGCACUCCCCAGUUUCUGCUCAGCCGUAUUAGGGAAGGAAAAGAGUCCUCAAAGGAGCGGAAUCUUAUCUUAACCAUCUUUCUUAUUGAUUCUUCCGCUAUUAGAAAGUGGAGGAAUCAGUCCUUUGAUGUGAUUGUGUUUAUCUCUGCAUCUCUUUUGUUAUUUAUAGAGACCCAGAAGAGGAAAAGAGGCAAGAGACUUUUCAACACAUCGUUAAAAACAAAAACAAAAACAAAAACAACGAAUUUCCCGAAAUGUUUGAGAACAAUUAAAAGGAAAAGGCGUUUUUUUGAUCUAUCAACUAAGUGAACAAUCAUUCAUACCGUCCCUCGCUGUGGACACCAGCGAGAUGACAGCUGCUUUUUCAUUUUUGAAUGUAAUAAAUAUUUGCUGCUUUUAAUAUAUUUCGGAAUUUCUCCCCGCUAUUCCCUGGGAUUUUAACUCUAAAAGAUUGGAGAAAAGAUUAUCGAAAGGGCUUUUACAAGCCUCCAAAAUGAUGCUGAGUCCGGACCAAGCCGCCGACUCGGACCACCCCAGCUCGGCGCACUCGGACCCGGAGUCGCUGGGCGGCGCAGACGCCAAGGUGCUGGGCAGCGUGUCGGACCUGGAGCCGGUGGAGGAGGCCGACGGCAAGGGCGGCAGCCGGGCAGCGCUCUACCCGCACCCGCCGCAGCUGAGCCGCGAGGAGAAGCGCCGCCGCCGGCGCGCCACCGCCAAGUACCGCUCGGCCCACGCCACCCGCGAGCGCAUCCGCGUGGAGGCCUUCAACCUGGCCUUCGCCGAGCUCCGCAAACUGCUGCCCACGCUGCCCCCGGACAAGAAGCUGUCCAAGAUCGAGAUCCUGCGCCUGGCCAUCUGCUACAUCUCCUAUCUCAACCACGUCCUGGACGUCUAGGGCCGGGGUCGCGGCUAGGGGCCGCCUGGCCGGGAGUGGGUGAAACGCGGCCCACCGGGGCGGCCGCCGCGGGGACGGCGGCCACAGGCCUUGGACCCGGGAGGAGGCUCGCACUGUGUUCUCUCCUGUCCGCCGGGCGACUCUGUAAGGUUUCCGACUCCAGAAGGGUGGGGUUGUCUGGGGAGUCCUGGGGCCUGCAAGGAGUGUUUUUCAGGCAAGGCGAACCUCCUGGAGGUACACAGACAAGUGACCUCCAGGCCUCCCCUCCACGUGUUAGGAUCCCUUUAGGGAUUGUUGCUCUAGCUCACUGGAGACUUUGAGUUCUCCUGCAUUGAUCUCCCACAGAUCUUCAAGUUUUGAGAGAAUGAGGGGCAGAAGCUCAGAGUCUGGGCUUUUAUCUUUAGACUAUCUGGCUAUUUUUUCUAAUUGACGAAUCACCAAACAUUCGGAGGGGAGGGGAGGAAAUCGCCUUCAGGGCAAAGAUUUAAGGCACAGAAAGGUGGAACACAGAAAACUUUCUGUUCCAUUGUGAAAAGAAAGGUUAUAUUAGAAUCCAAAUGAAACAGACAAGCCUAGACCAUUUGGUAAGGCUAAAAAGACACACUGAGAUUAACCCCAAGGUCUGAUGCUACUGGAGAUAGGAGAAUCCAUAUUUAAAUGGAAAAUUUAAUAUCUGAUUGCUUUUUCAAGCGAAGUGCCCCUUUAUUUAUCCAAAAACAUCUAUUUGUGACCUUAAACAUGUGGACCCAUAGGUGCAGUUAGAAAAAGACAACCUAUUUUUAUUUAUGUUAGAAGGAGUAGAGUAUUUUUUUCAGACAUUUAUUUUUCAGAGUGGUGAUAAUUUUACUUUGGAUACUCUGUGCCAAUUUAUUUAUAGUCAAGUGUUUACACUUUCUCCUUGUGGAAUAAUUAUGUCUAACUUUUUAUGGUGUUUGUUGAGAUUAUACUGUGGUCUUUCUUUUUGCUCUAAUUAUAUUGCACUUGUAUAACAAAUUCCCCACACCUUCCUGUUUCUAAACAUAUUUUAUAUAUUAAGAUGUUUGUUGGUUCUUUUAUUGUGAGAUCAGCAACACUAGCACUUCACUAUUAUAGUUUUUUAAAAAGUAAGCAUUAUCCUUAUCCGUAGUUAUGUCUGAAAAGUACUUUGCGAACUGUUUAAAAGGAGAGUAGCUUCUUUGUGUGUGUGUGCGCGUGUGAUGUUUGUGUGUGGGAUGGUUUUAGGAAAUUAAGUUAUUUUCCUAAAAAAAAAAAAAAAGAAUUCAGAACUACUUUCCUCUGUGACUACCAAAAAGAAAAGUCUAUAACCUGAUAAUGUUUCAUGUUCUCAGC